AUGGCCUUUUCAUCUGCCAGUUUAUCUGAUGAAAAGGUUUCGAGUUCCCAGGAUCUCAAAACUGAGGUAAAUGAACAUGUGCCAAAGUUUGAGGCACCUCUUGAAAUCAAAAAGGAGUUCCCAGACAGGGUAUUCCCUUCUCUAAGGGACACAUUCUCGAGUAUAAUAAAGCUCUAUUGCGAUUCUACCGACCCAAACUACUCCCAGCCGUGGCAAAUGAGGAGACAAAUCAAAAGCAUUGGGUCCGGUUUUGCAAUAAAGAAUAGAUUAAUCGUCACAAAUGCGCAUUGCGUAUCCUGGCAGAAUCGGUGUUUGUUGAGGAAAUACGGAUCAACGAUAAAGUAUCCAGCAAAGAUUAUAGAAAUUGGUCAUGAAUGUGACUUGGCCAUUUUGACUGUGGAAGACGACUCCUUUUGGGAGGGUAUCAUUCCUCUAGAACUUGGAACUGUGCCGAAUCUACACGACAGUGUAACAGUCGUUGGCUAUCCCACCGGUGGAGAUAACCUCUGCAUAACAUCCGGAGUUGUUAGCAGAGUAGACGUUACAACUUAUGCUCACUCGAACUUUAGGCUAUUAUGUGCUCAAAUCGAUGCGGCGAUAAAUGCAGGGAACUCUGGUGGACCAGCUCUAAAGGAUGGAAAGGUCAUUGGUGUUGCUUUUCAGGCCUAUGACGAAGCUCAAAACAUUGGCUACAUCAUUCCCACCUCCAUCAUUUUGCAGUUUUUACGCAACAUUGAUGUGCACAAAAAGUACACUGGAUUUGUUACUAUUGGCAUCACCUACCAACUUUUGGCUAAUCCUUCCAUAAAGUCGUUUUUUGGACUCGAUAAGAUUACCCCAAAGGACCUUCCGGAGGGAGUAACUCCUGGUGGUAUUAUGGUUUGUCAGUAUGACAAGAUAUUGAGCAAAGAAGAAAACGGUUUAAAGAACAGGGACAUUAUCUUACAGGUCAAUGGCUACGACGUUGCUGAUGAUGGCACCGUCCACUUUAGGGACGUUGAAAGGGUCCAUUUGGCUUACGCCCUUACAAACAAGUUUCUUGGAGAUGUUUGCGACUUUACCAUUCUUAGGGAUGGUAAAAUAAUGAAGAUUUCGGUGAAAUUGCAAAGACCAAAUUACUUGGUGCCAGAACACCAGUGGGAUAAGAUGCCCCGCUAUUACAUUUACGGAGGACUCGUAUUCAUUCCCCUCACUAUGGAGUACCUCAAGGAUGAGUUUGGCAAGACGUUUUACGAGAGAGCUCCUCAUGCUUUGCUAAAACCCUUGAGCGACAUGUUCGCAACCGAGAGGGACGAAGAGGUGGUAAUUCUGAGUCAAAUUCUAGCUUCAGACUUGACGAUUGGCUACGACUUUAAGAACAUUCGUUUAGUAAAGGUCAAUGAUGUAAAGGUGAAGAAUUUGAAACAUCUCGAGGACAUUCUACUCAAGACUACAAAGGAUUCCAAGUUUGUCACGUUUCAGUUUGAACAUGAAAUCAUUGUCGUACUCGAAAGCGACAAGGUGCCUCUUAUUGAAUCGCAAAUUCUAGAGCAACACGCCAUUUCAUCGCACAAGUCUAGAGAGCUCUAG